AUACAAACGAAAGAUUCGAAUGUGACUAGGCCAAGUGAGAAUAUAAGUAUUUCGACAUGCGCUUCGAAAUAACGACGAUGGUCGUUAUUCUUUUUUUGCAAUUUAUCCGCGCUAUCAUCGAAAGGAAAAGUUUUGAAUUACAUCGAUGCACGCGCGGGAUAGACGAUCUGAAAUCAGUGAUCGAGCAAAUCAUAGAGGAAAUCGCCGCGCGCAGCAAUUGCAUAAUCUUUAUUACAGAUACCACUUAUCGCGGGCUGAUUGAUGUCCAUUCUGUUGAAAUGUCUUCUUUUUUAUCAAAAUAUGAUAUCGCCAUACGCGAUAACCAAGAUUUUUCGCGAUCGAAAAAAUUAACGAGAAUAUUUGAACAUAUCAAAACGAUAGGUUGUGACGCGUAUGUUAUACUAAUCGCCAAUGGACUUCUAACGUCGCGAUUCUUGCAAUAUGCCGAAAGAGAACGUCUGAUCAACACGCGUGGUCGUUUUUUACUUCUGCACGAUAAUCGGCUCUUUAGACCCGAAUUACACUAUAUUUGGAAUCGGAUCAUUAAUGUGGUGUUUGUACGACGAUACAACACGUACAAGUACCGUUCCGGUGAACGAAUUGCUGCUGAGCGAAUUGAUCUCGAGACUAUUUACUAUCCAUCGCCUAUGAAAGAUUUUACAGCGAUCAAGUACAUCGACACAUGGCGGAACGGCAAAUUACGUUACGGUAACAAUCACUAUAUAACAAAAACUGCGAAUCUUCGUGGCAACGGUUUGCGAGUUGCAGUUUUCGAACAUAUACCGGCUGUAACCGAAGCUUCGCGAAAUCACUAUCAAGAAGGCACAAUCGCAGAUUCUAAGGCUUUGGGUAUCGAAUUUGAAUUAAUCCGGAUCAUAGCAAAAGCGAUGAACUUUAAAGCGAACUACUAUAUGCCCUUUAAUAUCGCGGACGAUAAAUGGGGUAAAGCGGGAGAUAACGAUAGCUAUACAGGUCUCCUUGGCGAAGCGAUCGCCGGGAAAGCCGAUUUCUUUCUCGGAGAUCUGCAUUACACGAUACACAAUCUGAAUUACUUUGAUCUAUCCACGUCGUACAACACGGAAUGCCUCACCUUUUUAACGCCAGAAUCGCUAACCGAUAAUUCGUGGAAAUUAUUAAUAUUGCCUUUCAGACUAAACGCAUGGAUAGCACUCCUUUGCACUCUGUUGAUAGGCGGCGGAGGCCUCCACGUGUUCGCGUUAGUCUAUCAAAAGUACAUAGGCUCGCGUCCGAAACGCGACAACAUGAAGGGUCUGUAUUUGUUCACUGGAUUCCAGAACAGCAUGCUGUACACGUACGGUAUGUUGCUUCAGGUUUCCUUGCCGCGUUUGCCGAACACCUGGACCGUGAGAAUCUUCAUCGGCUGGUGGUGGAUUUACAGCAUCUUGGUGACGGUCAUUUAUCGUGCUAGUAUGACGGCCACCCUCUCGCAUCCCGUUGCCGUAGUCACUAUCGAUUCUUUGACGCAACUGACGAAAUCGUCGCUGGCGGUAGGAGGAUGGAACGAGGAAGGCAAGGAGUUUUUCCUUGUUUCUUCAGAUCCGCAUAGUCAGCAGAUCGGCAAGAAAUUUGAGUUGAUCGAAAAUGAGAAGAACGCCAUCGACCAGGUGGCCAACGGGACGUUCUGUUAUUACGAGAACUCGUAUUUAUUGCGACACAUUCGCGGAAAACGGAUAUUCGAGGAAGAGAACGGUCAAAAGAACAAAAACGAAAAAAAUACAGGAUCGGUGAAGUACAAUUUGCACAUUAUGGAGGAAUGCGUCGUCCACAUGCCGAUCGCGUUAGGGCUGGAGAAAAAUUCUCCGUUGAAGCCCCACGUGAAUUUAUGGGUGAGACGAAUGACGGAAAUUGGUUUAGUGCGCAAAUGGCUGAGCGAUGUCAUGGAGUGGUCCAAGAUCAACGAAUCUCGGCAAAAAUCGAAUUCUGAAACAGCGCUAGUGAAUUUGCGCAAAUUGUACGGCGCUUUCAUUGCUCUGGGAAUCGGUUAUUUUCUCAGCUUCGUAGCUCUACUUGGCGAAAUAAUACAUUGGAGAUAUGUUGUCCUGAGAGAUCCGAAGUAUGACAAAUAUCAUAUGGAUAUAUACUAUAAGAACGAUAAUCAAUUUAAAACUUGA